CCGAAGAGCAGCAUCUAAUUAAACCCUAACACCCGCUAGCGGCCAGAAAUCCAAGCCUCCUUGAAAUCCUAAUCUUCUUUUCUUUUUCUCCUUCAUCUUCUCUCCAGUCUCGAUCGGAAGUGAGGGCUGAAAAAUGGCAGUGACGAAACUCCUGCUCUCUCAAUUCCGCCGCCAUUUCACCGCCAGAGUUCCCUGUCAGUUUUUUUUGCGAUCUCAGAGAUGGUUCUCCUCCGAUUCGGAUCCCAAUCCAGUGCUACCUCCGCGAGUUUCACUAGUGCUCGUCCAGCCAGUCUCCUACGCGCCGAAGCCGAAGCAACCGGAGCAGGAGCCCGAAGCCGCGUCAUCGGAAAUGAGUAGCGCUCAGCCGUCGCAGCAGCAGGAGCAUUUCACGAGACGGCCGGGGGAGUUCCUUGCGAGGCCGGAAGCUCGGUCGAAUUGGACGCGGGAGGAAGCCCGAUACGUGAAGGACGCACCGACCGUUGUGCCUGUUUCGUACACGCCUCGAGUGGCACCGUUGCCGGAGGACAGGGUCGGAGCUGAAGGAGGGGAAGGCAGUGGUGAUGGCGUGGAGGGGAGUGCUAAGGACGGGGAGGACAUGAAGUCGGAGACUCGCCGGAUUUUGUCGGAAACCGGGAGGAAGGCAGGAGAGGAUGAGCGGGUUUUGGUGCCUGUCAAUUUCUCCCCGUGGCAGGAGAGCUUAUUGCUUCCCUCUCAUAUACUAGAGGUGGUUGCUUCUCUUCCAUAUGCGAGAGCAGCCUGCCUCUCGGCAAGCCAGCAGGGGACGAGAUGGGAGGAGGGAAUUAAAUGGACAAGUCCAUUAUCCUCUAGUGAAAGGGAAAUGGAAGGGAAAGGUUUUGGUGGUGAUGAAAUGUUGUGUUUGGAGCUGGUAUCGUGGAAGAAUGAAUUGGCUGUCUGUGAUGGAAAGAAGAAUGGCUUUAGAGGAUUUAAGGAAUGUCAAGAAAGGAGCUCGAAUUGGGUUCUUGUUGAGCUAUCCCAAGGGGUUUGAUUUGGUAUGUAGGUGGAUCGAGGAGAGAGCUUGGGGGAUAAUUGCUUUUGGACGGGAGCGAUCAGAAGUGAUCGAUGAAUUGCUAAUGGACAAGAGAGCUUGCAGUUCAUUGGAUUUUAGACCGAGUACAUCGAAUUGCUCAGCUCAAGCAGUUCCGACCACGAUCCCGGCGUAGGCGACUUCCAAUUUUCUUUGAGUGGUGGUUAUCAUCACGAAGAGGACAAUCCCAGGAGCAUCACGAUCGUGACGGGAUUGAGUUUCGACAUCGGACGAGGGAGAUACGAGCGUCGAAAGUUUGGGACGCAAAUCAGACAGUUCAGGUAUCAGUCUUGGCAAUUGAAGCUAGAGGAUUAAAUGUGUAAUUUUUCCAGAGAGGUCGUGGUCAACUGUGUUGACUCGGAAAUUAAAGUUUUGGUACCUAGUACUUUUAAACUGACAGAAUGUUUAUUUUGGUCAUAACUCGAUCAAUUGACGUCCGAACGGGGAAUCGUCAGCGCCUAUGGAAUCGUGGUAACGAGGAGAAUUGAUUGGAGCAAGUAUGGAAAUUUUAGAGCAUAGAGAUGCUCGAUUCUAUUUGUUGUCGUGUUGGGAGGGGAAAAUUGAUUGCUUUGCACUAUUUGGUUUGUGGGCAAAAUUAGAUGCCGAAGUUAGAAGGAAAAUCAUAACUGUUGCACUUGGGAAACCUUCCAAAGCAUUGAAAGUGGAGAUGGAUAGGUCACGAGCCAGUGAAAUUGCUUACAAGGAGAUGGGGCCACCUCAUGGAUGGAAUGAAAAGUUAGCUCCCACAUGAGCUUACGUGCACGGUCCAAGCAAAGGGAGAUGACCCUAAGUUGACCAAUUUUUGGAUGUUGGUUAGUUCAAGUCGUCCGACUUGAUCAUAAGGUGAGUGUAAAGGGGGUAAAUUCUACGCCGUACGAUUUUUUUUCAAGUAUUUACCUUGAGUAUUUUUAAGUUUCGAUUUACGUGAUGUAUGUGCAGUAUUUGAUUCCUGUUGAGAUUGCAUGAUUAUGUUUGAUGGUAUGUGCUUUGGGUGAAUUAUGACUUGAAGUGAAUGGUUAUUACUUACUUUGAAAUUGUCCUGAGUAUAAAUUAUGGUUAAAGUUUAAGAAACGAGUUCUUUUUAAGAAGUAACUCACCUUCAAGAAGGUGAAGUUGUUUUAAGUGUUUUUAUAUACCAGCGCCAGUCCGUUGCCUUUUGAGACAUUUUGAGAUAGAGCAGCAGUUAUGCUCUUGAGACUUUUAAGAAGAGCAGCAGUUAUGCUCUUGAGAAUCGUGGUGAAGAGCCACCACGAUAAGUUUAAGAUGUUAGGGGGAUGAAUCGUUACGACUUCCCUAACUAAGUUUAAGUUUAAGGAAAGUCUGGAUGGCUUCUCAUACGUAUGAGUUGGCAACCGGACUAGCUAGUGAGGGAUCUCAGUGUCAGUCAAGUAUUUAAGUUGAGAUUUAAGCUUUAAGAGUGGAGAGUAACAGUUACUCCCAUACAGUUUUAAGAGUUAAGCUUUUUAACAGUGGAAGUACAAAACAACUUCCACUUAGUUAAGUAAAGUGAUCAAGUAUUAAUAAGAUGUUAAACGUAAGGGCGUAGACUGACCCCAUCUCACUCACCAGUUUGAAGAGGACUAAGAUGAGUUAGAGAGAAGCGAGUUCGAGAGGAGCAGUUCGAGGGCAGCCAACUAGAGGAGGGAAGUACAAGCGCCACUGAGGAUGUCUAGUCAAGGCUUUCAGGAAGCAGUAGCAUUAGAGAUUUUUUUAGUUGUUUCAGUUUAUGAUUAUGAGUAUAGGCUGGAGAUCAUUUUGAGAUUUUAAGGUUUUAGUUUGCCCAAGUGUCAAGCUUUGUGUUUAAGUAAUGGCAGUUGUUUUCGGUAUUUAUUAAAGUUAUUUAAGAAAUGUUUCCGCUAUUUUUCUAAGUAUUUUCAGUUCUUAUUUUAUUUCUCGGUUUAUUGAGGGUAUUUUGGUAAAAGUAGUACCUGGCCGGGUUAGGGUGUUUCAUAUUAUGAUUUUAAGUAUUUUAGUGAAUUGGUUAUCGUUGCUUGGUUAUGUGUAUGAUUGAUUAUUUGUGCUUUGCUUGAGUUAUGGUUUGAGAUGAUUUUGUGCUAUUUGAGGUGAUUUUGUUUGAGCUAUGCUUGAAGUGAAUGUUUUUAGUUACUUUGAAAUUUUUACGAGUAUAAGUUAUUAUUAAAGAGUAAGAAACAAGUUAUUUUAAAGAAGUAACCCACCUUAAAGAAGGUGAAGUCGUUUUACGUGUUUUUAGUCACUAGCGCCAGUCCGUUGCCAUUUGAGAUUUUCAGAUAGAGCACCAGUUAUGCUCUUGAGAUCUUUGAGACAGAGCAGCAGUUAUGCUCUUGAGACUUUUAAGAUGAGCAACAGUUAUGCUCUUGAGAAUCGGGGUGAAGAGCCACCACGAUAAGUUUAAGAUGUUAGGGGGAUGAAUCGUUACGACUUCCCUAACUAAGUUUAAGUUUAAGGAAAGCUUGGAUGGCUUCUCAUACGUAUGAGUUGGCAACCGGACUAGCUAGUGAGGGAUCCCCGUGUCGGUCAAGUAUUUAAGUUAAGAUUUGAUCUUUAAGAGAUGAGAGUAACUUCAACUCCCUCAAAGUUUAAGAGUUAAGAUUUUAAGAUUGGAAGUACAAACAACUUCCGCUAGUCAAAGAUAAGUGUUUAAGUAAAGUACUCAAGUGUUA